AUGAGCAAUGAUCCAUCUUCUAUAGCGGCAUUACCAGACAAGGACGGUCUUGGUGAUGGAUUACGAUUGCCCAGGACUACGGGCACUUUGAAUGUCAAUGCAUUGCAGGACGACGCUAAUGCUCCACAUGGGGCCAAUGAGUAUAAAUCAAUGGAUCCUGCUAAGAACUCUGGUACUAGCAACGAUGAUGACAAUAACGUUGUUUCACUGGAUGAUCCUAUCCAAUUUACCCGCGUAUCUUCCUCUUCAGUCAUCAGUGGAAUGUCUUCAUCGGUGAGUCCCCAUUCUGAUAACGAUGAGGCCAAAUCUCUGGAACAAGUAACCCCCAAUAUAAAUACCAAGAAUAUGACUUCAAAUCUUUCUGCCGACAACACUUUCUCGACAAUAAACGCGUCCGAGUCGGAUCACCAGUUUAAUGACACUUUAAUAUCGAAAUUAUCAUUAACAGAUUCCACGGAAACUAUAGACAAUAACACCACUACAAUGCAUCAACAACAGCCGGUUGCAUCGUCCACUGCGAACUCGAAUAAAAGCUCCACUGACAUACGAAGGGCUACACCAGUGUCGACUCCCACUAUUUCUAAACCAUCAAUGACGGCCACUCCAAGGCAAAUCAGUUCAGCUUCUUAUUCGCUUAUUAACCCUAAGAAUACGCAACAUAAACCGAUGAUCAAGUCCUCCAAGCCUGAAUCGAAAAAUAAACCGAUUUCUGCGAAGAAAAGCUUUCCGCCAAAAAAUCCUUUGAAAAAUUCCUCUCCACCUAAGAAGCAAACUGAAAAACCGUUCUUUUCCUCCUCUACAAAGAAAAGGAAAAGCGGUUCAAGUAGUGGUACUCUAAGAAUGAAAGAGGUCUUUACGUCCUUUGUACAAAACAUCAAGAGGAAUUCUCAGGAUGAUAAGAGAGCCUCUUCAUCAUCCAAUAAUUCUUCCUCAUCGUCUACAACCACCGCUCUGAGAAUAUCUACUCCAUACAAUGCCAAACACAUACAUCACGUAGGUGUGGACUCCAAGACUGGCGAAUAUAUAGGGUUACCGGAAGAGUGGGAAAAACUGCUGACUUCUAGUGGUAUUUCCAAAAGAGAGCAACAGCAAAACAUGCAAGCUGUCAUGGAUAUUGUUAAAUUCUACCAGGAUGUCACGGAAACAAACGGCGAAGAUAAAAUGUUCAAAACUUUCAACACGACUACAGGAUUGCCGGGAACACCACCCUCCAACUCGUUCAAUAAAUAUCCUCCGUCGACAAGUGAUUCGCACAAUUUUGGUUCCAGAACUGGCACACCAAUGUCUAAUCACAUCAUGUCCCCAAGCCUGAACACAGAGUCUAGCUCAGCAAACGCGAAAUUCAUACCAAGUAGGCCGGCCCCCAAGCCGCCAUCUUCUGCUUCCGUUUCAGCCCCAGUAAUAAAGUCGCCCAUCGUCAAUCCACCUUCCUCUAACGCCUCUCCAUCAAGGCAAAACCGUAUGCCCACAACUCCUAAUAGAACCAGUGCAAACAUGUCCUCAAUAUCGAGAAAUGCUACUCUGAAAAAGGAGGAACAGCCGCUGCCGCCAAUACCACCAACCAAAUCCAUAACCUCUCCAAUCAUUUCCACACCAGCCCCGCCACGUUCAACUCCGCAGUCGCCAAUAGCCUCGCCACAGGAAGCGGGGGCAUCACCUUCUGCCAAACCGGUUCAAGCAAGAAGCUUGUCCAAGGAGUUAAAUGAGAAAAAGAGAGAGGAAAGAGAAAGACGUAAGAAGCAAUUAUACGCCAAGUUGAACGAAAUAUGCUCUGACGGUGACCCAAGCUUGAAAUACGCCAAUUUAGUGAAAAUUGGCCAAGGUGCCUCGGGUGGUGUUUAUACUGCUUACGAAAUAGGUACAAACGUCUCAGUGGCCAUCAAACAAAUGAAUCUUGAAAAACAACCAAAGAAGGAGUUAAUCAUCAACGAAAUACUGGUCAUGAAAGGCAGCAAACAUCCCAACAUUGUUAACUUCAUCGAUUCUUACGUUUUGAAAGGCGAUCUUUGGGUCAUUAUGGAAUACAUGGAAGGUGGUUCCCUGACUGACGUGGUCACCCAUUGUAUUUUGACGGAAGGCCAAAUCGGUGCCGUGUGUAGAGAAACUUUGAGUGGGUUGAAAUUUUUACAUUCUAAAGGUGUUCUACAUAGGGAUAUCAAGUCUGAUAAUAUAUUGCUAUCCAUGGAAGGUGAUAUUAAGUUGACCGAUUUUGGGUUUUGUGCUCAAAUCAAUGAGUUGAACUUGAAAAGAACCACCAUGGUGGGAACACCUUAUUGGAUGGCACCUGAAGUGGUCUCUCGGAAAGAAUACGGCCCCAAAGUUGAUAUUUGGUCUCUAGGUAUUAUGAUCAUAGAGAUGAUUGAAGGCGAACCCCCAUAUUUAAACGAGACUCCCCUUAGAGCAUUGUAUUUGAUUGCUACAAAUGGUACGCCCAAGUUAAAGGAACCUGAGAAUCUAUCGUCAAGCCUAAAAAAAUUCCUUGAUUGGUGCCUAUGUGUGGAACCCGAAGAAAGAGCAAGUGCCACAGAGUUACUGCAUGAUGAAUACAUCACUGAAAUAGCUGAAGCCAAUUCUUCACUAGCACCGCUAGUCAAGCUGGCAAGAUUGAAAAAAUUAGCAGAAAACAUGGAUGCUGAUGAAGACAAUGACGACGACGAUGACAACAACGAGCAUAAAAGUGCCACAAAUAAUUGUGGUGAAAAUAAGAACAGCAAAGAAACUGUAAAUGAAAACGUAAAUGCAAAUGUAACUGAAAAUGACAAACAAAAGUAA